GAGCAGUUCACUGUGUUGGGCUGGGCUAUCGAGUUGGGCCGAACCAGAUCUGAACCUCGUCUCGAAGCAUGGAAGCAGCAAUGGAGGACAGGACGGCGCAAGAAGCGAGGGCGGCGGCGGCGGAGAGGCCCUCGUCGGCGUUGCCCUUGAGGAGCCUCGCGGACUACACAGUCGGCGACAUCCCCACCCUCGUCUACGUCCCCGGCUUCAUCUCCCAGUCCGAGCAGUCCCAGCUCCUCCACCACAUUUACCAGGCGCCGGCGCCCAAGUGGAAAUCCCUCAAGAACAGGAGGCUGCAGAACUGGGGUGCGUAGCGCGCGGUGCCCUAUGGUGUUUGGAGGUGUGGUGCAUGAGAAGGGGCUCCUGCCGCAGGCCUUGCCUCCUUGGCUAACAAAGAUAACCGACCGAAUCUGCCAGUGGAGCGAUUUAUUUCCUUCAGCAAUCAAUCAUGUUCUGAUUAAUGAGUAUCAUCCUAAUCAAGGGAUCAUGCCACACCAAGAUGGUCCUGCCUACUACCCUGUUGUUGCUAUCAUAUCGCUUUCUUCACCUGUUGUGAUUGAUUUCACGCCCCAUCAACGGCUUAAAGGGCAGGAACAUACUGAUCUGCAGAACUUAGGAUCUGAUGAGUUGCAGGCGCCUACUAAGAUGGAGAUCAAUGGCUCUGGCUUGCAUGAACCUGAAGGUUUAAAUGAAUCUGAUCCUACAUCUUCAUCACUUCUACUGAUGCCUCGCAGCCUGUUGAUAUUCAAAGAUCAGGCUUAUACAGAUUACCUGCAUGGCAUACAAGAUAAUGAGCUACAUAAUCUAAGCAAGGUCGCAAAUAUGUCCCAAUGCCCAGAGUUGAAGAAUCUAAAUUCUGACUUUAUCCAAGGGAGACUAGAUGAGCAAAGUGGCACCUUCUACAGAACCGCUACAAGAGUCUCGCUAACGUGCCGACUAGUGCUGAAAGUUCACAAGAAGCUUUUCAAAAUCUAGAAACUCUAAGGCCCUCCACAGUGUGGAGUGAAGCCAGAGAAGGAAAACGGGGGCCACGGUUGUCAGUUGGAAUUGAGCAUUGCAUGUCACAAUGUUUGUGGGACCCACCAAAUCAAUUUAAAAAGGGGAAAUUCCUUAUUUGCCA